AUGCAGUUUUCUACCAUUAUCUCCCUCCUCGCCGUUGCCGGCAUGACCGUGGCUGCUCCCGCUGUCGACCGCCGCCAAACCAAUGAUCUCGUCGGCGUCAAUGUCGACCAUACCAAAAUCCCUGUCAAUGUUGAUGUUCCCGUGAAGAACAACGACAUCGCCAACAAUCUCCUCGAGGACGGCGUGAACGUCGACCAUACCCUGAGCGGUCCCCUGAACGUGGGUGCGCUGGGCAACGCGGGCCAGUAUGCCCCCAAGGGCGACGUGCAGCCCUUUUAG